AUUGUCCACGUGACGUCACUCGAGGUCUUGAUCGUCAACAAGGAAGCACGAAGUGGAGAUUUUUGCGAUCAUUUCGGUAGAUCGUAUUCGUAGCCCACAAAUUCAAGAAUUCGUGUGGAAAUUGUAUCAGAGUUUCUGGGUAUAGCUGGUGCCAAAGGUAACCUCGUAUAUUUGGAGGCGGUGUAGGCUGGGGCUGUUGCUGUUCUAUCAGUAAAUUAUCUGUUUGUGGCGAGCCUCGAACUAGCAAAAACGAAAGUCCGGGUGGUCUGUUCUUCCGCAGCGCCAGCGUUGACUCGGUUGGUGCACCGUGUGAGGUCUCCUUUUAUCGGCCGAGCGCCCGGAACUGUGUGCACCCAAAAAAGACGUGGGCUAGAAGAAUUGGGACAGUGACCCAGGAUGCUUGCCUCCAAUCUCCCACAUAUUGGAGAUGCCGAGGACUCUACUUGUACCGUGGUCAAAGAAGGAUGGGUCAGCAAGAGAGGAGAGUACAUCAAGAACUGGAGGCCGCGGUACUUUCGGCUCAUGUCCAACGGCAACUUUCUGGGCUACAAAGAUAAACCCACAACUCGUGCUGACUUGGACCAGAAAGUCUUAAACAACUUCUCAGUGGCAGACUGUGAAUGCCAAGUGCUAGCCUCAGAAAAGAAAGACAAGAAUAUAUUUUAUGUACGAUGCCUGCAAUGGACCACCAUCGUGGAUCGGACGUUUCAAGUAGACUCCGCUACGGACAGGGACGAGUGGAUGGCAGCAAUACGAGAUGUAGUGGAGAGAGUAAGCAAAACAAACGAAGAGAAGACGGCCGAGCAGAAUGCACGCAUCACAGACUCCAAGUCUAUGCCCAAAAGGCACACAAAGACUCUUCAAGACUUUGAGUUCCUGAAGAUGUUAGGCAAAGGCACAUUUGGAAAAGUCCUACUUGUCAGAGAGAAGACUGGCGGGGAACUGUACGCCAUCAAGAUCUUAAAAAAGGCGGUGAUCGUUGCAAAGGACGAAGUUGCCCACACACUGACGGAGAGCCACGUCCUACAGAGGACCUGUCAUCCGUUCCUGACGUCACUGAAGUAUUCAUUCCAAACGACUGACAGGCUGUGUUUUGUCAUGGAGUAUGUCAACGGUGGGGAGCUCUUCUUCCACCUGUCGCGAGAGCGAGUCUUCUCGGAGGAUCGGACGCGCUUCUACGGUGCAGAGAUCAUCUCGGCUUUAACCUAUCUACAUGAAUGUAACGUAAUUUACCGCGAUCUCAAGUUGGAGAAUCUUUUGCUGGAUCAGUUUGGCCACAUUAAGAUCACAGACUUUGGGUUGUGCAAAGAGGACCUGUCGUAUGGCAACACGACCAGCACAUUUUGUGGAACGCCGGAAUAUUUGGCUCCCGAGGUCUUAGAAGACAGUGACUAUGGCCGUGCGGUGGACUGGUGGGGCACCGGUGUGGUCAUGUACGAGAUGAUGUGUGGCCGGUUACCAUUCUACAGCCGGGACCAUGAGGUUCUAUUCGAGCUGAUCCUGGUUGAAGAGGUCAAGUUUCCCGCCAGGUUAUCAGAGAGCGCCAGGUCAUUACUAACCGGUCUCUUGGCCAAAGACCCGACGAAGCGGCUUGGAGGAGGUCAGGAGGAUGCCAAGGAGAUCAUGGAGCACCCGUUCUUUGCUUGUAUAAACUGGGAGGAUCUUUUUAACAAGAAGAUUGAGCCACCGUUCAAACCCAGUGUGAAGUCAGACACAGACACCAGAUACUUUGACGAAGAGUUUACCGCUGAGCCUGUGGAACUCACGCCCCCAGAUGACAACAAGCUGUCAACCGACACCGGGCUGCCACAGUUUGAAAAAUUUUCCUAUUCCGGUGACAAAGGAGGUCAUCUCUAAAGCAGCGUUGCUGUGGUUCUGCUUCAACAGAAGGAGUGAGAAUAUAUCCUCAUGGUAGGGGGAGGGACAAGCCAAGAACCCCACCCCCAGUGGAGGACUUCACCGGUAGUAAAACUCAUUUUAUUAAAAAAAAAAAAAAAAGUUUUUUUUAUCAAAAGCUGCAAUAUUUAUCCUAAGAAAGCUAAACCAGAAAUAUACUCUUAAGUGUGGUUUUCCUUUUUACUGGCGACCAGAUGUCAUCUGGUGUUUUUAAAAUUUCGUCUUAUCCAUCUUCUACAGAACUUUUUGCAUCAAAAGUCACAUUUUCUUAAGGGCCAUGGUCGCUUUGGUAAUGAAACAGAAUGAAAAAUAAAAAAAAGAAAUUGCCUGUAUUGAAGUAUGACAUUUUGAGAACAAGACAAGGCAAGCUGGUCCCAGAGGGCUACAAAAUUCUAUUCAGUUGAUGCAGAAUGGCUAUUCAUCAGAGGUCUUUCUACGCAACUGGCAGUGUUGUAGUCGAGUACUUUUUUUCAGAGUACCGAGUACUGCCGAGUACUUAGGCUACCGAGUA